UCCGUUUUCAGCACCACGGACAGCUCCGUCACUCGUCUUUCUUUUUUUUCCCUUUUUUUCUUUUUUCUUCUUCAUCGAGAGCUUCCACCGCAGCUUGAGGUGGGGAGGUAAAGUUUUGGCGAAAUCACAGUGGAGGUUUAUCGCCGCCUGUACGACGCUGUUUGCGCCGCGUCUCGAGCCCGAUGCUCCAUCACAGUCGGUGGCAGCGAUAAACGGCCGCGGAGAGCGCAACGGAGGAGGGAGAGGCAACGAGGAGGAGGAGGAGGAGGAGGAGGACAGAGGCUCCUGAUAUGAAAUGAAUAUGCACAGAGACGAGUCCGUGAAACAGCAGAUCUGUCGCUCUGUGCUGCCGAGGGAUCAAAUCUAACAAUCGGAGAGAGAAUCGAGAGAGACUCGCUACGCGAACACAGAGAGAAGAGCGCCUGGAGGAGAGAGGAGAGAGGAGAGAGGAGACUGCUGUGCGGGGGGACGCAACGGGACUGGAUCUGCAUGUGAGACCGCUGCACGGUCCACACACACCGGAGGCAAGAGAUGCAGCCUGCGAGCAAGCUCCUGACUCUCAUUCUCCUCAUGGUCAUGGGCACAGAACUCACCCAAGUGUUGCCAGCAAACCCAGAGGAAUCAUGGCAGGUGUACAGUUCAGCCCAGGAUAGUGAAGGACGGUGUGUCUGCACCGUGGUGGCGCCCCAGCAGUCCAUGUGCUCACGGGAUGCCCGCACCAAACAACUGAGGCAGCUGUUAGAGAAGGUCCAGAACAUGACUCAGUCCAUCCAAGUGCUGGACCAGCGGACUCAGAGGGACCUGCAGUAUGUGGAAAAGAUGGAAGUCCAGCUUCGAGGUCUUGAAACUAAGUUCAGGCAGGUGGAGGAGAACCACAAGCAGAACAUCGCCAAGCAAUACAAGGCCAUAAAAGCGAAAAUGGAGGAGCUUAGACCGUUGAUACCAGUGUUGGAGGAGUACAAAGCCGAUGCCAAAUUGGUAUUGCAGUUUAAGGAGGAGGUCCAGAAUCUGACGUCAGUUCUAAGCGAACUUCAGGAGGAGAUGGGGGCCUAUGACUACGAGGAGCUCCACAACAGAGUGUCAAAUCUUGAGGAGAGACUCCGAGCAUGCAUGCAAAAAUUAGCAUGCGGCAAACUUACGGGCAUCAGUGAUCCCAUCACCAUCAAGACCUCUGGAUCCAGGUUUGGAUCAUGGAUGACCGACCCUCUGGCACCUGAAGGAGAUACACGGGUGUGGUACAUGGAUGGUUACCACAACAACCGCUUUGUGCGGGAGUACAAGUCGAUGCACGACUUCAUGACGUCGGACAACUACACGUCCCACCGCCUGCCCCACCCGUGGUCGGGGACCGGUCAGGUGGUCUACAACGGCUCCAUCUACUUCAACAAGUUCCAGAGCCACGUCAUCAUCAAGUUCGACUUCCGCACCUCCUCCAUCAGCAAGUCCCGGCAGCUGGACUAUGCGGGCUACAAUAACGCGUAUCACUAUGCCUGGGGUGGCCACUCUGAUAUUGACCUAAUGGUGGACGAGGGAGGCCUGUGGGCCGUCUACGCCACCAACCAGAACGCUGGUAAUAUUGUCCUCAGCAAGCUCAACCCCAACACCCUGCAGAUCAUCAAAACCUGGACCACUAACCACCCCAAAAGGAGUGCCGGUGAGUCUUUUAUGAUCUGCGGCACGCUUUACGCCACCAACAGCUACUCAGGAGGCACCAAGGUCUACUACGCCUACUCCACCAACUCCUCUACCUACGAGUACAUUGACAUUGCCUUCCAGAAUAAGUACUCGCAUAUCUCCAUGCUGGACUACAACCCACGUGACCGUGCCCUCUAUGCUUGGAACAAUGGCCACCAGGUCCUUUACAAUGUCACACUGUUCCACGUGAUCCGCUCAGAAGAACUGUAACCAAGGAAAAAUGGAUUACAUACAUUAAAUACGUAUCGUCUGUGUAGAGAGCUCCCCGUAUACAAAAAAAAUAUAUCUACAAAAGAAAAGAGACUCAAUGGCGAGGCCAUUCUAUUUAUAAUCAAAUAACGUUUAUGGAGCGACUGAAUCAACAGUGAAUGCAAAGUGGAUUGAAUGUGCAUAUACAUGAAAAAAAAUCUUAAAUUGAAGGGUUUCAUUCCAAAAUGUGAUAUUUGUCAAAGAAAAAAAGAAAGAGAAAAACUGCUUUGUCCGUUCAUAUCAAAGUCACGGAUGACGGAUCAAAACAGAGCUGUACAUAAAAGACUUACAAAGUUACCCAUAGUAGACUUUAUUUUGAUAGCUGCCAUCAUUUUGUUAGAGGUAUUUUAUUUUGGAAUGAAACUCUUUUUUUCUUUUCUUCUUUUUUUUUGCCGCAUAGAAAAUGAUUGUAGACUACACAGUAUAUCAGAUGUUAGAGAAUAAGAGCAGAUGCCAAAAAAGAAAAUCACACCUUUUUUUAAUAUAUAUAUAUAUGUAUAUAUAUAUAUAUAUAUAUAUAUGUAUAUGUAUAUUAUAGAAUAUGAAACUAAGUUCAUUCCAGUGGCUCUGGUUCUUCUGCAGAUAAUCCUUCCAGCUGAACUUUUCUUUUGGUCAGUGGGGGUCCUAAAAGAAAGACUGUUGCUAAUAAACUGUAGGAUCCCCGGGUCCCAUGGACAAGACAGAAAAGUGGGGAGGUCAUUCUAAGUCAGAAGAGCCUCAUGGGCGCAGUCUGUUUUUAUCAAGUACAGUAGCAAAUUAACAAUAACAAUAACGCCAUCCACUAAAAGACCUGAAGGCACUGACUGUUGACGGCACUGUUCAUUGAGAUGAUUUUCCUGUGUUUGUGACUAAGUGUGAAAAAAAAAAGGCUUUCUUUGCAUGAGUGUUUUCUAUUACUCCGGUAUGCUCUACUGAAUGUUUUUUUUUUGUUUUGUGAUACUUUUUUUUUAAAAAAAAGUAAAGAGUAAGGAGGGGAGAGGCGAAACAAGGUACAAUACCUUCGGGAUUUGCCAAGAUAUUUACCUGUUCCCCCUGCUUCUUUACAUCUAGUUCUUGUUUUCUGUUUCUUUGCGAUAAUUUUGUUUUUCAAAUGUUCUUGUAUCCACUCUUAACUAACACCGGCUUUGCUUCUCUGUAUUUAUUUAUUUGGACUACGUGGGAGGAAUCUAUUCAACUCGCAUCCCUCUGAAGAAAAAGCAAACAAACAAACAAACAGAAUGUAAUAAGUAUUGUGUCCUGGGAACCUGGUUCUCGUAUCUGCAAUUCACACAAUGGCACCAUGUCGGGAGAGGUUUUUAUUUAUUUAUUUAUUUAUUGAUUGAUUUAUUUAAACUUUUUCCUUUUUUUUCUUUUCCUGGGAGGAUUAUCCUGUCUCAUGUUAUGUAUCUCCCCCCCCCCCCCCCCCACACACACACUGCUAGUGACGGAUAAUGCUGUUUUAAUGUAUACUCUUGCUGAGGACAAAAGCUUUUCACUCUUUUUGCGCUUUGCUGGACAUGUGUUGUAUCUGAGCUGAGAUAGUUAAUGAUUCGUGUCAAUAAAGCAGAGAAAUCUGA